GUGCAGCAGCACUCAACUGCAACCUGAAGCGUGCUAGGCGCCCUGUGAGCCAAAGCAGUCGCCCAGUCUUACUAACAGUCUCUAAACACGCGAGCGCCACGAGACACCUAGGCGGGCCAACACAACCAUCCGUCUCUAACACUCUAAAGUCUUCAGCCAUUUCUCCCUCCCUCCUUGUAUCACUGCCCUGACUGCCAAUGGACAACAUCAGCACUGCCAAACUGGAGAACGGAGGCGGACAGCAGCAUUUCCUGCAACCUGCCUGUUACUUUACCACAGGGGCACAGGUGCAACUCAGUCCAACAGAACGACAGUCACCCAGCAAGUCCUCGUCCAAACCACUGAAGAGGCAGCGAUCAACGUCGCCAGAAUUACUUCGUUGCAAGAGACGUCUCAACUUUAAUGGUUUCGGCUAUAGCUUACCUCAGCAGCAACCUGCAGCUGUAGCACGCAGGAAUGAACGAGAGAGGAAUCGAGUGAAGCUGGUAAAUUUGGGGUUUGCAACCCUACGCGAGCAUGUCCCCAAUGGUGCAGCUAACAAAAAAAUGAGCAAAGUGGAGACACUCCGCUCAGCUGUGGAGUACAUUAGAGCUCUCCAACAGCUGCUGGACGAACACGAUGCUGUUAGCGCAGCUUUCCAAGCAGGGAUGCUUUCACCUAGUGGUGGCUACUCUAAUGAUAUGAACUCUAUGGCCGGUUCACCCGUCUCAUCCUACUCUUCAGAUGAAGGAUCAUAUGACCCCCUGAGCCCAGAGGAGCAGGAGCUGCUGGAUUUCACGAACUGGUUCUGAGUAACAGGGAUUUUUUUAUUCUACUGGCGUAUAUACUCCCAGGAGCCAUUGUGUGAAGCACAACAGGAACCUUAUCGCUGCCUGCACAGCCUUUCUCCCAUGGAGAACACUGGACCCGCCGCUUGCACUUGGGCCAGUCUUAAAUGCAGCAGGACUAGAUAAUCACAACUGUUCUGUGAAUAAGUGAUAUGCUGCUGCUCUGAUAAAGAAACUCUGCCUGGAAGGCUAUAGACAAGUCUUCACCAACAGGUGCUUUUCCAACAGAGACAGUGCGUUGGGUGACGUGACACCAAUCCAUCAGCUUCAAACACCUUGUGUUAGCUAGCAGACACCUGACAGAUGAACAUAGAGAAGUCAACGUGUUGGAUUAUUUUCAUCAGUUUCUCAUCUACUUGACUGAACAGUUCUCUGCUUCCAAGCUAUACUAUGCUGAAUCAAUGAACUUUAUAGAAUAUCCCUUCUUGAAUACAGUUAUGUUUUAUGAUAUAAUGCUUCCAAUAUUGUGGAUUUUUUAUUAUAAGAAUAAUCUAUUUGUAUUAAACCUAACCAGUUUGGUAUAUAUUAAGAUAUUUUUGUAUAUAAGAGAGACAAAAGAUUUAUAGAGAUUUGUACAGAUGUUUUACUAUGUGUAUAUCUUGAUACUUUAUUAAGUAAUGCUUAUUACCUCUGCAUAUUUAGACUUGUAGUCUAUAUUGCUUCGCAACUGCCAUUUUUAUUAAGUGUUUUGUGUAAAAAGGCACUCCUUAAAUAUGUGUGUGCAUGGAGAGAAUGAAUGUGGGUGGCUGGAAUUUUCAAAAGAUGUACUUUAGCACCGACGUGUCUUAUAUCAUUGGAACUUUUGUUAAUGUAUUAAUAUUACUGAACGCUGUUCAGAAUGAACAAAAGUUUAUGCAGCUAUUGUCCAAAAGCAGGCUGAUGAUCCUUUGUUCAUUGCUGCCUUUUUUAAUUUAAAAUGAAACAACUGCCUUGGGUUUCUUACUAUUUUAUUACAAACUGACAAAGUCAUGUAUAACU